CGAGCUUCUGAUCUAGCCAGCCAACGAUGCUCUGUUGUCAAUGUAAAUACGAAAAAGUGUAUCGCAUUUUUGGAUGCAUGCCAAAUCUAAUCAAAAACGAAGCAUUAAAUAUUGCCAAGAAUGUGACACAUCCAAAAAUCGCUUAGUUCAACGCUAUGUUACAAUUCACUUCUGUGAUUCGAUGUUCAAUGAAGUUGCGUGGUGUCGCGUGUGUAAAUCAAAUAUCUCGCAAUAAAGGAACAUUAUUUGAUUAUGGAAACCAAUGACUGCAAAACUGAAAUGGUGCAAGCAUUGUAUUCGUAUAACAAAAUUAAUGACGAUGAGAGAGGCUCCUGAUCAUUUUCGAACAAAAUUCUCUAGGGGUUGAAGAUUGGGGAUCGAGGGUUGUAGAGGGUUAUAAUUGUUACGUCUUCGGUAUCAGCCAAAGAUGUUCUAUCAUCAAGAAGCUUCUGAUACCGAUAACCAUGGAAAAAUUAAAUGACAAAAGUCUGAUGUAGCAAGCGCAAUAGGACACGAACACACCGCUACCGGGGAAUAUUUAUACAUUUUAGGAAUAUUCGGAUAUUAGGACUAUAUCACUUUCGCGUUCUGCGAUGUUUUUAUAAAAAUGAUGACAACUUGAAAAAAAUAUGGAAAAAGUUAAAGAAUUGGACGAAGAACAGCUAGAAUUUGUUUGAUUUAAGUUGACCUUCAGGAAGGGUGACUUAAUAACAGUCUUGCUAAAAGACAAGCCCGACGGAUGGUGGGAAGGUGAACUUAAUGGAGAGAGAGGAUGGUUUCCAAGCAAUUACGUUAGAGACUUUACAUAUCAGCGCAGGGAAUACAUAACCAUAGUUCUCAAGGAUCUUGUGGAUUCUGAAAAAAUCUACAUUGCAGAACUUGAAGCUCUUGUUACAAAUUAUUUACAACCUCUUGAAAAAAGUUCAAUACUUACAGAAGAUCAAUAUAAACAACUGACGGCGAACAUAAUGGAAGUUUUGGAUGUUCAUCAACAAUUACUCGAUUCACUGGAGAAAGAAAUGAAUAAAGAAGAAAAGCAUCUGGGGUUUGGAAAAUUAUUUCUACAACAUUCUCCAAAAGUUUUACAGGCACAUCAAAUCUACUGCUCACUACAUCCGCUAGCAGUUUGCAUUCUAGAUAUAUUCAGGGACGAUAUUACAAAAUUCAUGGAAUCAAGAGGUGCAGCAUGUCCUGGAAUUUUAGUACUAACAUCCAUGUUGAGCAAGCCUUUUAGGCGAUUGGAUAAAUAUUCUGGAAUGCUAAGCGAGCUGGAAAAGCAUAUGGGAUGGGAUCACUCAGAUAAUGGGAAUAUUCAGAAGUGCAUUGGAGUUUACAAGGACAAAGCCGCUGACUGUAAUGCGAUAAGGAGACAAAAAGAACUGGAACUGCAAGUGCUGACAGGUCCUAUUUGUGGUUGGGAGGGUCCAAAUUUGGCAACAUUUGGAGAUAUCGUUUACAUGAGUCUAGUUAUACUGAAAUGUCGCUGUCGAUAUUUCGUGCUGUUCCCGUCUACCUUGGUGAUACUUUCUGUAAGCCAUUCAUCAAGUGCAUUCGUUUAUAAGAAAAAAAUAUACUUGGAUGGCCUAACUGUAUCCAGAUUAAAGGAGUCCAAUGAAUAUAAACAUGCAUUCGAAAUUAACUCUCCCAUCACCGAAAAUACAAUUGUAUUCUGUCAGAAUGAAAAAGAAGCAGAUCACUGGGUACAUUUACUGUGUAAAAUGUCAACAUCCAAAGAAAAUUUGAUGAUAUCGAAACUUCAGUCACGGCGAGUUCUGGAGCCAACGAUACUGAAUCAAAGAAGAUACUGCAGCAACCUCGAUUAUGUAACGGUUUACAACUAUACAAUGAACUACACACCAACUUACCCGUUAGAAGAUUACCCCUCAGCAGCUCCUUAUGCUUCUUUAACGCGACACUAUCACGCACUGAUCAAAAAUAAAACCAUCACAAGUAAACUAUUAAAGCACUUAUUAUACAGUGAAUAUUUGAAUAAAACGAAUCCAGCUUUAGUGCGACUUAGGCAUCAUAAGACUGAAGUAUAUAUUUAUACAAAAGAUGAAUCGUACCGCGAUGGGUACCAGAAUGGUAACAAUUGGGAUGAAGAUUCUACAGAUAAUUCAGAAGAAGUAUAUGGUACAGGUAGAAGAGUGCAGAGGCAGAAUGCUGUUCAUUCGAAAUCUUCAUCAGAGCAAUCAUGUUGCAGUAAUCCUUUUGGUUAUAUAAGGUACUACAAUCCAGAGAAUAUUUCUCAGACAGAAGAAACUCUAUAUGUGGACGAUGAGGAGCACGAACCUAAGAUAACUGAACUACCCAAUGAUAUCUUGGUGAUUCCGACAAGCAUGAAUCUGCCAAAACAAAUUUCAGAAGAAUCGCAGGCUAGUUCUGGGAUCUCACCUCAAAAAUCAUAUAUGGCAUGUGAGGAUCUAUGCAACUUAGAUGAUAAUACAGAGCUUAAUACUUUAACAGUACCUCAAGCACAUUUUCCUGCUGUCAGACAGAGCUGUCCUACCAAAUUUGUAGGCAACAAGUUCAACCAGACCAGUUUGACAGCCAUCUACAUACCUCCCUGGUCCAACAGCGACAAUAACAUAAAGUACAACAAUAACAAUCAUAGUGCAGAAUCAUCGACACAUUCCAGUACGUUAAAUCUGCCUGCCAACACAUUACCUCUUCCCAAUAAGAUAUUAGGAGAACUUUUAUAUGGAGAACCAGUAGAACCUGCGUAUACGGACAUGGAAGUGAAUGAUGAAAGAAACAGUCUCAGCUUAAAAGAUGUGGAGUUUAGGAAGCAUACCAUAAAUUCAGGUAAGCUGUGGGAAAGAAGUGGUAUGCAGCUGCAUUCCAAGGCGCCCAAAAGGUAUACUAGUUCGAGGUUCAUAGAGUUAUCAAAACCGGAUGGCGCAGUGGAUGAUUCAAGAAAGCCAUGCUACAGUUGCAGAUCUCACAGCAGAGGCUACUGUCACAGUAUAAGAUCCUCGGAUUCAGGCAUGGAAGGUAGUUCUAUAAUGAAUUUUUCCGAUAUAUACAAUUUUGACAGUUGUAAUUCAUUUCAAGAACAUCUAAGCAUAACUAGCGAAACAAAGCGUUCCGAGGUCACUUCUAGUGAAAUUGAGGCCAGAAACUUUGAAUCCGAAUGUCGUUGUACAUCUCCCUUCGGGUCUACACCAAGGACCUCCGGACAGGAUGCUGCUCCGGAAAAUAUAUUAACUGGAUCCAGAGGCAGUUUCACCUCAAGCGCGUCCUUAGUUUCAAGCUACUGCCAUACCCCUCUCACAGAUAUACCAGUGAUUUCCAGAUUGGGUAUAAAAAAAUCUUAUUCUGAAAGUUGUAUCUUAGAGGAAAAUGCUAGAGACGUAAGAGACCAGUCAGUAGAGCCUCCGACCAUCUAUAAAUCUGGACUCUACGCUCACUGGUGGAUGAAGGCAAACUUGUUAGUGGAAGUUAGAAACGGAAUUAAAUUGAAGGUGCCGAAAUUAUAUGAGAUUUGAAGAAGCACGGGAGGUAUGAAAAUCCAUAACAUAUUUGAGCUAGCGUGUGGUCGGAACCUUCGAGGCGCCUCGUGGAACAAAAACAUUGCUAUUCUAUACUACCUCAAAAUUCUACAUUAUAGGGGACGAACUUGUAAAUUGUAUUCCCGCUUGUACACAUGUGUUACCAAUUAUACCUUAAUUAACUCAAGGCAACUAUGGUGUCUUCCACGAGUAUCGAUUUCGAUUUGAGGCCUACUGAAGUGAACAGCUGAUCAGCAAGUGAUAUCUUUGUAUUAAAGCCUGUAGUGUUGGCAAUAAUUAAUCAAGUGUGUAUCAUGUAAAACUCGACAUUCAGAACUGUUUAUACCAAACAUAAUCAAAAAGUCUUUAUCUUGUUCUAUUACUGCCGGUCUUGAAAUUUAGUCAUGAUCAUUAGCUCCCAUUUUGCUUGUAACGUUUUUUUUUUGUGUGCUAAAUAAUUUUCUAAAUGAAAGCGGUGUUAGGUAGUAUGAAUUCGCAGUUCACAAGACCACAGUACGACUGCCUACAGAUCUAGCGUUGACAGAUUCCUCAGAAUCGAGUGUCACUUGUCGAUAGGGGGUAUUUUGAAAUCUUACUAGACAAUCAGUUAUUAUUGACGUUUUAUGUAAUGGUUACUCGUGAAAAAGACUCUAUAAAGCUAUCCAGUUUAUCGACUACUUGCUAGGCCCAAGCUCAUAGUUAUAGUUGAAUCUAAAAUAACUCAAAGUUUGAAGUAUGUGUUAACCUUCCGAUGUCUUAGUUAAUGCAAAGACAAAGCUGUUUUGAGGUUAUAAAUUGUUAGCAAGACGUUUCUAAUUUUGUGGUUUUACCAUUUUAUUCUAUUUUAUUUCAUUUUCUUGUGUAUUUCGUUAUCGAUAAUAGAGGUUUCCUAACAUUUUAGCUUCCGAUGAUG